AUGAUCUUCGUAUAUCCAUCAAUGGUAUCAUUGCGUUGCGGAACACUAUUACAUGAGGGUCCGGGACAGGAGUUCCUGAUCGCACAGAUUAUACCACAUCCACAAUUUGAUUCUGCGACACUUGAUUACGAUAUAUCGUUAAUUGGCAUAACUGGCACUUUCCCAUUAAACCAAUUGAUGCUCAAUAACAUUGAGUUAGCGACACAGGACUCGGAUCCCUCAGUGGGGGCAAUGGUGCGGGUGUCGGGUUGGGGGCGUCAGGAGUGGGGCGGCGCGUGGUCUCCAACAUUGAAGACCGUAGAAGUGCCGGUUGUCGACCGCCAGGACUGCAAGUAUAAAAAUAAAGAUGUGUUACCCGUUACUGAUAACAUGUUUUGCGCCGGUUAUGAUGAGGGUGGUAAGGAUGCUUGCAGGAGUGAUUCCGGUGGACCUGUUGUUUAUAAUAAACAACUAAUUGGAGUUGUGUCGUGGGGUCACGAAUGUGCCCGUCCUAAUUACCCCGUCCUGUACACCCACUGUUCAUCCACCAUCUGA